AUGGACAUGUUUGGUGAGUCGGAAGAUAAGCGAAAGGUUCCCGAAAUGCUGCAGUCAAUUUUAAGAUAUGACGUGCAAUUUACAAAAAAAUUUGUUGAAAAUGCACAGAAAGUAACAGCUUUACGAUCUCUCGGAAACCAUUCUAAGCUGUUAGAGGUAUCAUGUCAUGGAAUAGUGUGGCUAGCUGGUUGGCUUACAUUUAUAUGGUUGUUUAAUAAUAGUGAAUUGUAUCAGCUUCAAGUAAACAUGUUAAUUGCUCUUAUACUUGACAUUGUGGUGAUAGCAAUAAUAAAAGCCUUUGUCAGGAGAAGAAGACCAAUACCAAUGAAUAAACUUAUACCAGGAAAUCCUGACAAGUAUUCUUUUCCAUCAGGUCACGCUAGUAGAUCAGUUUUAAUUGCUUUCAUUCUUAUAUGUGUCGAUCCCGUCUCCUUUAUAUUUUACCCACCUUUGCUGGCUUGGGUUACAUCGGUUGCCAUAUCCAGGGUCCUUGCAGAAAGACAUUAUUUCUUGGAUGUCUUUGGAGGAAUUGGGGUCGGAAUCAUGGAAGGUCUGUUCAUUAGCAUCAUAUGGCUCUCCCAGAAUGCAUCUACAAGCAUUCUUAAUUCCUUGUCAGAUGAGAAACGUGAUGGAGGGGAAUUUCAUGUUUAA